GUUGUCUUGCCUCAAUUUAGUGUUUCUCCAGUUGUGAAAGCAAAAUCAUGAUUGCAUUGAAACUAUUGGCUGUUGUCGCUAUAGCCUUUUUGGCUGAAGCUUCUGACUUGGACUCAGGCUAUAGGAUCAUGUCCUGUGCUAAAAGAGCAAUCACCAACGGAGUUCCAGAACUGAAUAUCCCAAGUCACAGUCCUGUUUAUAUCACCCGCAACUUUUCAUGGAGUGGAGAUAUAGGAGUUGCAAGUGCUUCAUUCGACUUCCAUGAUUUCAUUUGGGAUGGUCUUCCACAAUGGAAUUUGACUGCAACACAAAUCAACAAGGACUCCGACCCUUAUGCAGUAUUUGACUUUGAUCUCUCCUGGAAAUGGAUGAACAUCUCUGGAUUAUUCAACGUUACAAACAAUAUUUUUUACUUUUUCUAUAUUUUUUUAGGGGGAGGGGGCUACCGACUUUCCCCACACUUUGUUAUGUUGUUGUAAUGCAAAAAAGAACUCUCUUAAUUUUUUUUUAGAUUUUUAAGCCCAAAGGCCCCUUCCGUCAGCCUUAAAAGCCCCCCAAAAAACCCUUUUUAACGUAUUUUGAAGAAUUUUUUUCUCUGGCCCUUCUUCACCAAAAUUUAUUUGAAAAACGUCAUGUUUUAGUUCCCGAUGCCUACUUUUUACCAAAAAUGACCAUUCUCAAACCGCUAUUAUACUGUAGCUUUUUAGAUUUUCACAUAUCAAGAAUUAAUUUCACAAUAUCCGUUUUUGUUUAAGAUUUCAAGGACGAAAGCCAUUCCCACUUUUAGGGUUGAAAUUUUAUAUGCACAAAUUUUGUCUCUCUAAAAAUUAAAAUUGAAGAAUGUUAAGUUCUAUGUUUGUAUCAAAAAGAUUUGGUACCUGACUCUAUAAAAAGAAUUUGAGUAGAACUGAAAAUAGAUAUUUCUUGCUUAAAAGAUCUAGAUUUUUUGAUGGAUGGUUGCCAACUCUAUUAGAGUAAAUAACCUCUGAACUUUUUUUUAUGUACCAUGUCCUUUCAUAACGUUGGUUAGUUCCAUCAGAGCUAUCUUAAUUUUAUUCACUGCCACCCUGAAUAGCAUGCUUGUAUCAACACAAUAAUUAUCAAUCUCGCAAGUUCUUCAACCAUAAGGUUCUUCUUCGUCCUGGACUGAGUUUGUCAGCUAUUUUUCCUUGCAUACUAUUUUGCAGCAACCUAUAUUUGAGACAUCUCAUUACAUAUCCAAGAUACUCCAGCUUUCCCUGCUUGAUGCUUUUUAUAAUUUGAGUAGUCCUGCUGAGACGUUCUAGUAUUGUGCCACCCAAGAACUGAUUUAAAAGUCAUUCUUUUAAAGCACCACAUUUCGAAAGGCUCAAGGCGAUUUAGAUCGAUUUUAUUCACAGUCCAGGACUCGACACCAUAAAGUAGGACCGAGGACACGUAGCAGCGAAAUAGGCGGAUCCUCAAUCCCAAUUUUAGGUCUCUGUUACACAACACCUUGGACAUUCUUCUAAAAGCGGCUCUGGCCUGUUCUAUCCUAAAUCUAAUUUCGCCGUGACUUUCUGCGUUACAAUUAAUUUGCUGUUCGAGGUAAACGAUUUUAUCAACUUAUUUAAGUUUGGUAUUAUUUACAUAGAUGGUUUUAUAGUCUGUUGUUUACUUAUUAUAAGUAUUUUGUUUUUUCGUAUGUUCAGAUCAGUAGUGUUUGCAGAUCUUCUUGACUAGAAGCUAGGAGUACUGUAUCGACCGUAUAUCGCAAAUUAUUGAUGACUUUACCGUUCACAAUAAUUAUUCCUUCUUUUUUUCAGAAAGUACAUUUCUGAAAAUUCUUUCGGAGUAAACGUUAAAAAGCAGGGGCGACAAGAGGCAUCCCUGCCUCUUUUAAUAUUAAGAGCUUGUGAUUCCACACCAUCUACUAAACCUGAUGUUGUUUGAUUCCAGUAUUUUGCAAUUAUUCGAACAUCUCUGCCGCCCAAGCCAAUAUAUAUUAGAACUUCGAUCAAUACAGAGAGCUUAACACGAUCGAAUACCUUUUGGAAGUCAACAAAACAACAGUAUAUGUCUACAAAUAUGUCUCGACAUCUUUGAGCAAAUACGUUCAUCCCAAACAAUGCUUCUCUCCUUCCAAACCCGUUACGGAAACCAAACUGUGUGUCACUUAGGUAUUUCUCUCAUUUUAUUGUAGAUACGACCAUGUAUUACCUUCAGAAAAAUUUUCAAUAAAUGGUUUAACAAACUGAUAGUUCUAUAAUCAGCAAAGGUUUUUGCUGUUGUCAUCUUAGAUAGAGUUAUGAGCAAUGAAUUGGACCAACCAUUAGGUAGUGGUCCGUUGGUAUAAAUGGUAUUGAAGAACGAAGUUAUAGCCUCUAAAACAUUCCAAUCAUUUAUAAGCUUGUAUAUUUCCGUUGGAAUUUCAUCAGGAAAUGGCGCUUUGCCAUAUUUUGAUGAUUGUAUAGCUUUUAUUACCUCUGAGCGUGUUAUUAGCGGUCCGUCGCAGUUAGUAAUCUCCGGAGGUGAAUUAUUCCUAGCAUCUUUGAAUAGGUUCGUAACGUAACCUCUGAAUAAAGAAGGAAACUACCUGUAUUUCAAAAUGUUUAAAACGUAAAAAAUUUAUUUUUAAAAAUAGAAAAAUAGACGGUUUCGUUUUGAUUUAAAUCUGUCUCCUGCCAUCCCCCGAUAGCGCUAUUUCUAGAUCUACCUGUUGUCAAGUAGGCUAUGCAAGAAGAAAAAUUUACAUCUAAACUUCCGUAUUUCUCGGUUUAAAAUAAAAUUAUUUAUACCGGAGUAAGGUUAGAUCGCCCUCUAACGGGGAAUAAGUGAAAUGAAUGUCGACUCGAUUCAAGUUUUCUGUUAACCCAGAUAUGAAAAUAUCAAAAGGCACCGCUAGGAAAAUAUUCCAAAAAUGCGAUUCAGAGAACCUAUAUGAAAAGAUUCUUUGUACUCUCAUACAGAGUAUGGCAUUAGUAAAAAUAGAAAAAUAGACGGUUUCGUUUUGAUUUAAAUCUGUCUCGCCAUCCCCCGAUAGCGCUAUUUCUAGGUCUACCUGUUGUCAAGGAGGCUAUGCAAGAAGACAACUUACAUCAAAACUUCAGUAUUUCUCGGUAUAAAAUAAAAUUAUUUAUACCGGAGUAUACUCCGGUAUAAAUACAUCAAAAAAUUUACAUCAAAACUUUCGUAUUUCUCGAUAUAAAAUAAAACUAUUUAUACCGGAGUAUACUCCGGUAUAAUUAGUUUUAUUUUAUACCGAGAAAUACGGAAGUUUCGAUGUAAAUUUGUCUUCCUGCAUAGCCUCCUUGACAACAGAUAGACCUAGAAAUAGCGCUAUCGGGGGAUGGCGAGACAGAUUUAAAUCAAAACGAAACCGUCUAUUUUUCUAUUUUUACUAAUGCCAUACUCUGUAUGAGAGUACAAAGACUCUUUUCUCAUAGGUUAUCUGAAUCGCAUUUUUGAAAUAUUUUCCUAGCGGUGCCUUUUGAUAUUUUCAUAUCUGGGUUAACAGAAAACUUGAAUCGAGUCGACAUUCAUUUCAAUUUAUUUUUAGAUUUGAAUGGACCAAUUCACACUGGAAAGGAAGGAUCAACGUAACCAAACCAUAUUUCAACCUCACCCAAGAG